AUGGCAGCAGAUGUGUUAUGGGUCUUGGCAUCCUUCCUGGUGCAAGAUCUGGAAUCCGAGGGGCUGAACCCGUUCCUCCUCACCUACAUCGCAAAUUCGCUGUUCAUUGUCUACCUCCCGCUUUACUACCUGGCAGUGGCGCCAAUGUGGUUUGCUGCUCAGUACACUUUCAAUGUCAGCCUGUCAGAGACGACGGUGACAUCCAACACAAUACUGGCAUCGACUUCAUCGCUGUUCACCUAUGGACUUGCAUGCCUCCUAUCCUUGGAGGUCUUUCUUGUCAGCAAGCUGGCCUUCAUAUUCCUUUGCAUGGCAGGCACUGCUCUGGUGACAAUUGCUGAUGCAAGGCGAUCAGAUGGGGGAAAAACAAGCAGCGUGGGCGGGGAUCUGCUCGUGUUGCUGUCAGGCUUCUUGUAUGCUGCCUACACGAUCGCCAUACGCCAGAUGCUCCAGGAUGAUGACAGCCUGACCAUGAUGCUGUUCUUUGGCUGCGUGGGGUUCCUGAACGCGGUCUGUCUGGCGCCCGUGCUCAUCAUUCUUCGCAUCAGUGGAUUUGUGCAGACAGCCGGCCUGACCCUGCGCAUCCUGGGGCUGACUGUCUGCAAAGGUCCAACUGUGGCCACAGUGGGCCUCUCGAUGCAGGUCCCAUUCGCGGUCAUCAUGGACGCCAUAUUCAAGCAGCCUGCAUGGCUCUCCAGCGCGUCCUCAGCUGCUCUGACCUUUGUUGGGGCCGCACUCGUGCUGACUGGAUUCUUUGGCGUCAAUGUUUCUACUGCCAAAGCAGACGAGGCUUUGCCUACAACUGUCCAGCACUGA